AUGGGAGCACUUAUUUUACUUUUAAUAGAAAAAAAAGGUCAAGAAGAUUACAAUAUAUUGAGACCUUUGAGUUAUCGUGGUGUUGAUGUCUUCAUACUUGCAUUUUCCCUCAUUAGCAAGGCCAGCUAUGAGAACGUCUCCAAAAAGUGGAUUCCUGAAUUGAGGCACUAUGCACCAGGUGUUCCAAUCGUCCUUUUUGGAACAAAGCUUGAUCUUCGAGAUGAUAAACAGUUUUUGAGUGACCAUCCUGGUGCGGUUCCAAUAACUACAGUUCAGGGAGAGGAGAUGAAGAAGCUAAUUGGUGCCCCUGCUUACAUCGAGUGUAGUUCAAAAACACAGCAGAAUGCAGAACAUGAAGGCGGUUUUUGAUGCGCAGCCAUUAAAGUGGUCCUUCAUCCACGAAAGCAAAAGAAGAAAAAGAAGCGAAGGGGUCAAAAAGCAUGCUCCAUGCUGUAACUUUGUGCACAAGAUUUUUAGUGAUGAAUCGAAUGGAAAAUGGGAAGAAAGUUUGACUUUUCAAUGGUGAAUGCUCAAGUGUUGAUCGCUGUGGCCUUUAUGUAGUUUUGAUGAAUUUACUCACUUUUAUAGUUUUAUUGUGUCUUGUGUUGUGUAAUUAAGUUGAUAUAUGUAAUUCUUUAGCACCAAAUAGUUGAGACUUUAGGGGACUAUUUGGGUAAUAUGUAAUAUGGUUUUAUGUAGAUUGUGGAAAGAUCUUGAUUUUAAGAGGGUUGAUAAUGAAAUUACUUUUGAAUGGUUACUA